AUGUCACUCUUCGUCAAGAAGUUUGGCAAAUUCAUGAAGAAGACUCAUUAUAAAUCUAACUCUAAUAAUAAUAAUUAUAAGAAUGAAUCCAAGGCUAACUUGAAAUGCUUUAACUGUGACAAACUAGGUCACUUCAAGGCGGAUUGUAGAAAGCCCAUGAGGGAUGAUAAGAAGCCUCAUGAUAAGAAGAAUAAGAAGGAUCAAAAAGCUCUCAUGGCUGAGGAAAGCAAGAUCAAGUGGGCUGAUAGAGACUCAGAUGACAGCUCAACAAACGAAAGUGAGGAUGAAGGCAUUUAA